AUGUCUCUGCAGCAGAACACCAUGGAAAGCGAGAGACCGGAUCCCAGCAAGAAUUACAUUGAACAUCUGCCACCUGAAAUCUUCGGCGUAAUAAUUGAAACAUUCUAUGAGAUGGUGGCUCCGAAGGGUAGGAACAAGGCUCUCGUCCCUCUAUGCAGCGUUUCCAAAAAUUUUCUCGCCUCAGCCCAGCGACUCCUUUAUCGUGAUCCCGAGGUAUAUUCGACAAUACCUAGUCUCAGGAGCGGCACCGAAGAGAUAUUAUGGUGCAUCAAGCGCUUGAGAUUAAUUGCUAGUGGCAUCAUUAAAAAUAAGCAACUAGCAAACUAUGUCAAAGUCAUAUCUUUAACUAUCGACCGUAAAACGCGUCAUGGCCCCGUCUUCAUAAACAAGGGGGAUAUGCAAUGCCUUGCGCCCAUGUUGCCAGAUCUCCAAAAGCUGGCAAAUGAGACGCCCGGCCGAAGAAAAUUGCUCCCGGUAGAAGAUGGCGACAACAUCAUGGAUGCAUUCUUGGAGGCCCUUUGUGCUCUUUGCCCAAAUGCCAAGCGAAUAUAUCUGAUAAUGCCCACUGUCUUGCGUGGCUUCCCUCGACUUUUACGGCUCGCAAGCGAUCUGGAUUUGUCGCCAAGAUUAAUCUUGAGUCUGCCAGAACCAGAAGGCGAGGUUGCAAAAUUUGCAACCUGGGAAUUUUGCAGAACAAAAGGCAGUUUACACUUCACUCUCAAACUGCAGGAAAGCGCCUUGUUCUUGUAUCGCGACAUCAUACAAGGUGCUGCCGUUUACGAUCUCGUGUCGCUCAAGAUUAUAGCAGGGGAACAGACUUUGCCCGAUGAUGUUGAGGACGUCUUUUCAACGUUUAACACGCACAAAACCAUUAAGGAGCUUACCUUGAGCUGGACUCCUCAGCACUCGGGCAAUCCGUCGAUAUAUCCAAGGUCGAGCUAUUUUUCACUCGAAGGCCUCCAAAAUCUCCAACGGCUCUAUAUCAAGUCCCGUAUUCUCGAGGCAGCUCUCAUGGGAGCGCCCAGUGGCUCUUUCGCUCGCAUGCUCCCCAAGUCACUGGAAGCGCUGUAUAUUUGUGGCGAUUGUGAGGACUGGCAACUUACCGCGUUGCGUGACCUGGCCCGGGGCAAGCCUCUGCCCAACCUAUACUCCGUUCUCGUCGACAAGGUCGUUGGAUCGGGGGAUUUGCUAGACGAGUGCUGUAAGGAGAUGGCAUCCGCGAAGAUCGGUUUUGGUUUCACGCCUAAGCAAUCGGGGCAAUAG